GGAUCACCUGCUGUGGGGGUGUCUAAUCAUUUUUUCUUUAUCUUUCUCUCUCUUCUCUCCCUCUUUUUAUUUCUUUUUAUUUUUCUUGAUUUGACCGGGAUAUAUUGCCAGUUGGCUGAGCCUAUCGUUUUCUACCCAUGGUGAAUAAUUCGUUUCUUUCAUUAACCUCGCCUUUGAGAGGCACCGCACCAGCAUUACGGGGGUGUUCUGUCCCCUUUUCGUUUGUUUCUUUUUUUUUUCCCUUUUUUUCCCCUUCUCUUUUCUUUUUUUUGCUUUCCUUUCCUUCUUUUUCUAUUUUUAUUUUUUAUUUUUCUCUUGACAAUGGCGUUGAUCAUGCGUUGUACUAUGGAUUUGCGGUGUUCUCGGGAUAGAAGGAUGCGCUUGUCUGUUUGGACGUUGGAUGCUUGAACACAUUACCUACUGGAAUUACCUAGCCGUACUAAGUUGCAACUAGAUACGGAGGGUUGGAUCUUUAUAGCGAUUGAUAGCGAUUGAUAG